ACUAUUAUUUUCCAAUUUUUUUCAUCUUGACUUAGUCACUUCCCACACUUCAAAAUCAAAACUUGAUCUCCAAGUCCUCUUAUUCUAAACUAUUAUAAAUAACAUGUCUUUGCCUUCAACAAACUCACUUCCUCUAUUCGCAAACAAAAACUAACACCAAAUUAAUAUUUCAAAGACUCCAAUUUUCAUCCACAAAUUUUCCAUUUCUUUCAAUGGGUCGCUUUGGCACUAUGCAAUUAGUUCUAUUAUUGAUUCUCUUCGCUUCCCUUUGUUCAAUUCUAGAAGGAAGAAAGCUUCAUCUUAAACACAGCAACAAGAAAAUUGACCCAUCUUCAAAGGAUAGUGUGUUUCUCAGUUCACUCCCUAAAGGCAAAAUCCCUUAUUCUGCACCAAGCAAAAGAGGAAACUCUGUUGAAGUUGAUGAGAAACUCAUUGCACGUCACCUCAUAAGUACUCAACGUCUUCUUCUUCGAUCUGUUCCUAGUCCUGGUGUUGGCCAUUGAAUAAACCUUCUACAUUAUUUUUGUUCAUUCAUACCAUAACACAUUAUUUCAUUUGUUCAAUUUUGUGAUAUUUUUUAGAUUAUAAUUUAUAUUGGAGACACGGGAUAGUUUAAUUGUAUAAAGAUAGCAAAAUGUUAGCAACUUAGCAUAUAUGUCUCUGUUUUUUUUAUGUGUAUUUUUGGUUUUGGGGAUUAUUUGUAUUUCUCUUUUAGUUGGAUUUUAUUUUAUUUAUUAUGGAAGGAUAAAUUAAUUUAUGUAAUGAUGACAAGUUUGUAUUCUAUGUGACCAACUUCUGCUUUGGUCUGUAUAAUGUUACCAACAACAUGUCUUGAUUAAUAGAAAACAAAAAACUUUUGUGCCUUUGGAACA